ACGUGUGCGCGGACUUUUUCUCGACAUUAUGAUAAUUUACUAUUAAUCGUUGUCCGUCUGUACGUCUUGUCAUUCGUGUAAUUCGUCUGUAAUAUCAUUAUAGCCCAUCGGUUAAGACGAAUAAACAAGGAUAAAAUAAAAAUAAAAUAAAAAUAUUACAACACGUUUAGCAUUAAAUAAUUAUAAUUUAAAUUACUCAUCAGCCGUGUUCAAUAGGAAUAACACGUGUAUUAAUAAUACCUGUGUCAACCAUCGACAGUGUAUACGUGUUGUUGUAUCUGCGAAUUUAAUAAUAUGUAUCUGGAUCGGCGACGCAGCAAUCGCUAUUGGGUAAUCGUGUGCAUCCUUUUUGCGACUUGGGACUUAAUCAUCUGCACGCCCGUCACUACGUUUACCAGAGAUGACUGUUACUUGCCACCAGAUGAUGGUAGUUGUGGAAUCAAUAAAUUUACCUUAAAAGUAAAAUACUACUUUGACAUGAAUAAUGACGAUUGCAUAGAGUUCAUUUACUACGGCUGCGGCGGCAACGGUAAUAGAUUUGACUCAUUUGAUGAAUGCGAAAACUCAUGUUUAUUAAAUUACUAUUUUUAAAAUAAGUUGUCUUCGAUUAGAGAUAAUAAUAUUAUUACGCGUGACUGAUGUUAUUUAAACGUUGACCUAUCUUACGCUUGUGCGAUAGUGACACAAUCACGUUAUCUAAUUGAGACAUUAAAAACGAAAACUUAAAAAGGAAAAUAAACGAAAAAUUAUAAAAAUAUUAAAAACCCUAAAAAAUGGCAUUACCUUGCCAACAAAACCCUUAAAGAAGACAUUUAUACCACUAGAACAAAAAUAGGCCAUACGCAUUUCUCCCAUUUUUACCUCUUCAAUCUUGAGAAACAGUCUAAACACUGACAAACAAACACCUCCAUAUGUCUAUACUCUGGAUUAUGAUGAAGAACUAUACAUCAUAAACACCAACAAGGAGGAAUCACUAAAUGAAGUCAACACAGAUAUUAUUUACAAUUUUUACUUACAUAUUAUUAAGUCAACCUAUCUAAAAUGUUCGGCUAACGACCUUAAAUGUCGAAACAUUAUUAUCAAUGAUAAUAAUAAAAAUAAAAAAUAAAUCAUAUAUUUAUAAACCAAAUAUAUUAACGUUUAAAGUUGACCGAAAGUUUAAUUUUUUAAUUCAAAUAUAGUAAUCAUAGACGUUUGUCGAGUUCGUGGUAAUUCUUUUUUUCAUUAUAAUUGAUUCUAAAACGUUUUAUGACGUAUAUUAUGGCAUGUGUAUUGAUGUUUUUCGCGUUAAAACAUUUAUCAGGCUGUGGAAUCAUAUUUUGGAGAACAUUUGAGAUUGUUUGGGCACCCAUACACCCAUAUUGCUUCUGAAAUCUGAAAAUAAUCUAUAUCUAAUGAUACCUUAUAAUAAUAUGUGAAAACAUUAUAAUCAGAAAAAAUAUAUAUAAAUAGUGAACACUAUACGAAUCAUUCAGUCGAUCUUAAAUACGUUUUUACCAACAAUCAUUGAAAUUAUUGUAACUAUAAUAUUUUGAAUUUUUCAUGUA